UGUGCAUGCUUGUCUGCUGUCGGGGGAGGGACGUGACGACGUGCCGGCCCGGCGGCCGGCGACGACGUCGCGGGUUCGAACUCCCGUCACGUCACGUCGCGGCGCGGCGCAGUGACAGCUCGCACCGCGGACGAGGUUUUCCGGCUCGUCUCUUAUCGCCUUAUUUUUCUCGCAGAACCCCACGAAGACGUGAGAUUCGAAUCAUAUCAUUACCUCGGUGUGCUGCGCGUCUCCAUGAGGAAGUCGGAAAGACGACGUGCAAUCUGAUAUCUAAAUGGGUAUGACCCAAAAUGGAUGCUCAGCUGGCUACAGUCCUGUCAAGAGACAGCCUGGAGGUCCAAAAUGGCAGCCAGUAUGCAGUAGCGUCGGAGGUGCCGAGCCAGGACCCAAAGGGGGACCCGCUUGGGACAUGUUCGGACGAGACCGGGGCAGGUAGCCUCCGGGCGUGCCUUGCCAACUGCGAUGCUCUGUCAAUCAACAGGAGAAAGCCAGAGGCGGGCGAGACUUGCGAGCUCGCCCCCCAGGAAAUGAGCGGGACUCAUGGGUUGAGGCAACCGAUCAGAAUCCAAAUUCUGGUUCCGCCUCUGUGCCAGACGCCCGACGAGGACUCCGCUGCCAGCUCCACCAAAGACUUGCAUUUCGAUACUGCACGAAAAACAAACCAAAUAUCUAUAGUCGAGACCAAGGACCAGGGAGUGGAGCUUACGGCAGGGAUGCAUGCGAGGGGGGAUGUUUUGGAUGCUGAGACCAUCCGCUCGGAUCUCUCAGGAAUCCCAAAAGAAACCCACAAAGCCAACGGUGUUCUAUUGCUGGGUCAGGAAGUAAAGGAAGAAUAUUUAGAGAGGCAAGUGGAGGACUCUGUGACGGUUGCGGCCUGGGCGGAGGAGCAGAGCGAGCCGCUGGACUUGAGUCUCCCCAAGAAAAAAGAGAACCGGGACCCCAGACACGGACGCUUUAUGGACGCGUGCGAUAGCUUGCUAAUUAUGGAGGUGGACGAAUAUGAGGGCGAGGGAGACCGGGACGUGGUGGAGGAGGAUGAAGAACGACCCGCUUAUUACCCUGCUUCUGUCUUCGCCCAGGACCUUCUCCUCAUAGACGACCAGGGCAUUCCUUACACGCUCAGCCCAGAUGGACUCAGGGUGCCGCAAGUGGACACUACUGCCUCCGAGGGCCGGGUCGAGAACGACGUGUCCCCGCAGUUGCCUGCGUCAGCAGGUUCAGACCACAGCCAAAGCAUGGCUGAAGCACUAAAUGCACCUUCCGCUGACAUGAUACCUUCACAGGUCUCUGAGUUGCCGUCUCUGACUCCACAAGUCCUCAGCAGUUCGGAUGCAAAUUCCUCUGAAGCCUCUGGACUACCCAUCCCCAGCCAGCCCAUCCAGAUUCUCACAACACCUUCCUCCAGUGCUCCCAUCCUGCUCCCCUCAGCUCCACUUAGUUUUUCUCUUCCACUGUCCGUCACCCCCAGCACUGCUGGGGCUUCGGCCCCUAUGUUCCUUCUCCUGUCCUCCGGUGACUCUACCUCCACCCCUAUCGCCAUCCUGGACCCUUCAACCGGUCAGCUGUCCCAGAUCUCCCUUCCUCUGGCUUCCGGUACUGCGUUAUCUCAACCUGUCAUGGGUUUGGGUCUCAGCAGCCCCACUAUGGUCCUAUCGGGAAGCUCCGGUAAUGUCCUCACCUCUAAUCUAACUGCUGUUUCCUCUUCACUCAUUCCUACUCACGUCGACUCAUCUGUGGGAACUGAAGCCAUACCUGCCGAGCAGGUCUCGAACGAGAGCGAUAAGCCAUUAUCUUUAACAGCAGCCGCUGCUACUUUGACGCCCGACCCCUCAGACGCCCAACUCCUGGACCCCAAUCCGCAGGAAGACUCUGAGCGUUUACCCCUAGACGACCACAUCUACUUCUCCAGCGGCGCCGCUCCUUCCUCACCACCUAAGCUGGACCCCCUGGACCCGCUGGACCCUCUGGACCCCCUUUCUCCCUCGGAGUCGUCCAACGACCCUUCUGCCCGGCGGAUACUUUACUGCCAGCUGUGCCCCCGCAUCUUCUUUUACCUCUCGGACCUGGAGCGUCACGCCAUCACGCACUCGCAGAAGAAGCCUCACGUUUGCCAGCAGUGCGGCAAAGCCUUCAAGCGCUCCAGCCAUCUGCAGAGGCACAAGCACAUCCACACGGGCCAGAGGAACUUCGUGUGUCCCAUCUGCGCCAAACGCUUCAGGGAGGCCGGCGAGCUCCAGCGCCACCAGCGGGUCCACACGGGCGAGAAGCCCUACCAGUGCCAACUUUGCCACACGCGCUUCGCCGAGCGCAACACGCUGCGACGCCACACCAAACGCAAGCACCCCUUCCACCAGGUGGCCAUGGAAAUGCUCAACGAGCGAGGCGGCGCCGGCGUUCAUCACCGAGAAGAGGAGGAGCCCGCGGAAUGGUACAGCUCCGCCGUGUCUCACCUGGAAAACUCUGAUUCUGAAAUGGAGGCUUGAAAAGUCCCAAACAUACAAAGACGGGAGCGCUUGCAAUAUUUAUUUUGAAAAAAAUGAUGUAUUUAUAUAAAUGUUCCCAUUGCAUUUAAUGCCCCCCAACAAAGACUUUAUUUUGCCCUUUUUUGGGCUGAUUUUGACAGCUCAAUACUGAAAUAAUGAUUUUGACGUGUAGAUUCAAAAUAUGACAUUUCCCCCCAAAAAAUUGCAUUCCCUCACAAUCAAUGACGAGACCUUUAAGUGCUUAAAGAUAACUUUAACAAUUCUCAGCGUCUUGUAUUAAACAAGGAGAGCUGCACUACCUUGUAGUAAAAUUUCUUAACAGAAACACUGUGAGUCAUUUUCCCUUUUUUUUUUAGCACAAUCUUCACUUUUCUUCAUGUAAUGAACAAAAAAAAAGAACGCUUUCCAUGUCUAUGUGUAGGAUUUGAUGUAUUUAAUACACAACUUUCAAGACCAAACAAGUUAUUCCAACACAUAUCUAUAAAUAUUCACAUUUUGCUUAUUUGUGGAGUACAUUCAGUUGUUUAAUUGACAUUUGGACAACUUCUGUUAGUCUUUGCUGAUUUUCUCCAUGUUCACAUGAUAUUAAAAAAAAGAAGUUCCAGGGUCCCAACCUGCAAAGAUGCCUUCAUUGUCCUGUCCUUGUUUUUCUUUCAGUUUUUUUCAAAUUGCACUUUUACUUGUGUUGUCCAUUUAUUCGGCCUUCUGAGGCCCCUCAAAUGUUGCACAGCCCCAAAUUGUUAUUAAAUGC